GUCCGUGAACGUGAAGAGCUGGUCGUCCACUGCUUCAGUUCAGCGCUGCGUUUCGAGGUGAGAGGACCGUUCGUUCUCCACUGUCGCCUGCAAAGUAUCUCUCAGUCUUGACCAUCACGAGUCAGCAAAACGGAAUUUCUAAUCAAUCUCAAAUUGACUCGCGAAUGUGAGAAUCAAGUGUUUCGAUAUUGGAAGAUGUACAUUUAGAUAAUUAAACAAAGAUACUGUGAAUUGAAAAUCGCGAGUGCGAAGUUGACUCGAUGAAAUUGGUGGUGUACAGAAGUUAGCGCGUAAUAGUAGAUCUGUUGUUUUUCGUGGUCUCAGGGACGAAGAUAGCGCUGGGAUUUUCCGGCCGGUAGUGUUCCUCGUGGUGCGAUAUAAUAAUAUUGUUUCCCGCGCGGACUGCGGAUUGGCUGUACGAUUUUACUCUGUGUCGAGAGGGAGAGAAGAGUGAGCGCGAGAGAGAGAAGUGGUGGGGGCGAGUUGUUUCAUUCAUAAAAAAGUUCUUUAUUACUCUGUGAGCGCAUGUGCUAUUCCACCGCGUACAACUACUACCACCCCCUCCCCCUUUACGGGUCACCUAACUCUUCCGUAACCGCAGUGUUAGUGAAAUAGGAACCUGGUGAGUGAAAAAACUUGGUAUCCUCGUGAGAGUUCUGUUCGGUGUUUUCUGCAAACCACAGACCUGGAUUUGUCAACGACAAAAGUAGCGAAUCUAGUCGCAGAUCGUAGGAUCGGCGGCUUGGAUUCGCACAGUAUCGUCGACGACGGCAUUUUGGAGGAUCGUCUUCGAGAUAGUAUGAAGGAAAACAGAGCAAUGAGGGGAGAAUCAGCAAGGCCUGGAAAGCGGCCCCUCAGGUCCUUGUCGAUAACUGAGAAGAUUGAGGCGAUCGACAGGGUCCAUGAUGGAGAAAGUAAAGCAUCUGUCGCGAGGGACAUUGGCGUUCCCGAGUCAACUCUUCGAGGGUGGUGCAAAUCAGAACCCAAAAUCCGAGGAAUGGCGAGGAACUCGUCGACCCCCGACAGCGAGGCUCAUUCACCAGCAUCAUCAUCUGGAGCCAAUAUGACAUACUCUCACAAUGCUGCGGCGAGUCACUCGAGUGAGGAUGAAGGUCCGGCUCAAAAGCGAAUGAAACCAGAUCUCCAAUUACCAGUGAAUCACUCCAUGGUGGAGAAUACGGAGAGCACCGAGGCGAAGAUUGAUACCAAGAGGUAUAGCGACUACCAAGGCCUAUUGGCCAUGUCGAGUUACAGGCCAGAAAACAGUUCCCUCUUUCUCCAACAGCUGGGAAUGCUUUCCGCGAAUUCGAAUAACUACCUGCCGAUGUCACAAACUCAUCCUAACGUGAAUGCAGUUGGUUUGGUGGAGAACGGACUUCAAUACACGAAAAGUGGCAUCCAUAAUCCCGGUGUCAAUAACAAAAGGCACAGCAUAUCUGCGAUUGCUCCCACGCAGAUGGAUACUGUCUCGAAAUCUGCGGCAAGAAAGAGUCUUCCACCUGCAGCAGAGGCUCCUGCUACUCCACUCCCGGCCUCUCCAAAUCUUCAAGUGCCACUUGCCCCAAUUGUCAGUGACAAGAAGAACGGUGUCACCAAUACUAAAAAAGUUGACGAAGCUCUCUGGAUGUGGCUUCUCCAACAAAAGACACAACUGAUGGGUCAACAGCAGUCUGCCCAACAGACUGCCCAAUUGUGCCAAGAUGGAUCCUGGUUUUGGCAAUGGUACAAACAGGGCGGAUUUACUGUUCCAACCACACCGGUCGUGCAAACCUCUGCGACGAGGAAGUCGCCAAGCAAAACCCGGGCUAUGCUUGACAGUGUUCUCUGCAAUAAUAAUAAUGAGAAUGUCAAGCGAAGUCUCAACGAGGAAUUGGUGGAGGCCCAGGAUAUUCCAUCAACCGCCGAAGAGGCGAUCGAGCACGGAGAAAAGUUUUUCAAGUGGCUUGAUAAGUGCUCGGAUCCAUCAGUGACCAGGCUCCAACUCAUGCAGUUCAAGUUCCUGCUCGACAACCUCAAGUCAUGCAAAAAGAAGAGGACGUCACCGGGAUCAAAGCAGAGCAGAAAGUAGACCCAAGUUGCUGUGAUCUUUAAGUAAUGUAUAGAUAAAGAAAUCCUUAGAUUUAAAUCGCGCUCAGACCGCUCAAAUGAUUCAUUUAUUUUUUAUUUUCAUUCAUUAUCUUGGAAUCGUUUGAUCAAGAUCUGAAUUUUAGGUAAUCUUUUCUUUCGCAUUUUGUUAAUAAACAUGAAAAUUGAUUUAAGGUUAAACUUAAAGAUGUCCAGUGAUAAUAGAUUGUACGACUGACCCACUUAUGUAUUAAGGAUAUCAUAACACAUUUACUAAUUAAUAUGUUAGUAAUCUGAACACCGGAUUGGUUUAAAUAUCUUUAUAAACAAGAUAAGAAUCACAGUCGUAGAAUCUAUAACGUGCAGAUCUUUAACCUGAUUUAUAAAGUUUCAAAAAAUGCAAUUUAUUUAAAUCUAGUUAUUUCAAUUUAGAAAAUUUCAUUCUAUUCUUGGAUUUCUCUUCUAAAAUUUGUUGCAAUCAUCAAUGCUCCUUUUUUUACAAUUUUAUCUAUCAAGUUAAAGAUUAAAAAAUUGUGAACUUGCCUUACAAUUUGGUAGUCGAAUUUACGAUUUGGUACAUAUUCUUUAUUAUGUAGUAGUCCAAUUUACGAUUUGGUGCAUAUUUUUUUUGAUAAUUUUUUCUUUUGUUUUAAGACUAAAGCUAGUCCUUAAACCUUAUAAUAAUCCAGAUCUAAAUUGAUGAUCAUUUGAGCGAGGUGUUUCCUUCGAGAAUCGAUGCUUUUCCAAAAAUCUGAAAGAUUGCAACUACCUAUCGUGAAUCGAUUGGGCGCGACAUGAAAAUUAGUUACCUCGUGACGGAAUAAAAGGGAAUAUAAGAAAAUUAAAUAUUGGGCCGAAUCAAAAUAUAGGUCGUACGAUUUUCUUGAUGUAAAUAAGAGAAUAUACCAAAUUCUUAAACCGAUAAAGUUGUGUACAAUUAAGGUUUUAUUAUUAUUAUUAUAUAAUAAGCAGUAGAGAUUUAUCGUUAUCUUAUUGCAAUUUAUUCACUAGUUUAUUCCUAAGGCAACAGUGCAUAUGUGAGUGUGUGAGAAGACCGAGAGAAUGCAUUAACCCACUCGUUGGGUUUUCUUCCAAAAAAAAAGACAAAAAUUGUUUAAAAAAGAUUAAUUACGACGAGAUUUCCAGCCGAUUAAAAUCGCCAAAAUUCCGGAAGUAGCGACAUUUUAGAAUCUUGAAGGAUUUAAGAGAACUAGUCUGUUUUUUCUUUAUAUUGCCUGAAGACGAAGUGGCUUCAGUUGUUGUUUUUUAUUUUAUUUUAUUUUUUUUUCACUGGAAAGACAUUCCGGAUGUGCUCGCUUCGUAAAUGAAUUUCAGGAAUCGUUGAUCGAUCACUUUGUCCUUCACCUGACCGGUUUUAAGCUUAUUAUUUGAAUAUAAAAAGUCGUGUGAUUUUAUCCGAAACAAGAGUCCACAAGCCAUAUCGUUUGCAGUGAUUAGAGUCGUAUUGUUUUCCUCUUUUCGUUACGCACUUGUCUGAUAUUAAUCUAUUUAUCCUUAUCGAUAAGAAAAAUAUGAUUCGCGGUACUACUUACCAUUACAAGUGGCCGCUUCAGUGACUCGUAGGUCACAUAGUCACUCACGAAUUUUGUGCAUCCUUGCCACGUACACAACUCCGGGUACGGCAGAGUACUUCGUCUGAUUGUCGUGGACACGAAUUUCUAUGAAGAUAAUGAGUUUUAUAAAUACUUGAGAUUACAAAAAAAAAAGAAAGAAAGAGAAAGCGAAUUGCUUUGAAACAAGUGAGCUUAAAUCGGAACUAUUUAACCAAGUAAAUGUUUUAUCAUUCGAUGAACAAAAAAGUUGUUUAGGAAAAAUUCGUUUUCUCUUUUAAUUCGGCUCGCCUAUAGUCCGAUAUCAAAGACUGUUUUGUCCUUUUUCUCUCACUGUUAGCUCGCGUGAUUCUCCUUUCGCUGUAGUAAGAUUCGCCUUGUCUCCGAACAAAACAAGUUUUAAGAAUAAAUUUAUUAAAUGUAUUAAAAUUGAGAAGUUGACCCUUGGAAUUCUCGGCCACGAAUUGUAAAUUGUUAACGCCUUUAGAUAUCUAUGUAUGUGUAUAUAAAUGUCUGAGUUUUUAGAGAAGUUCACACUAUUGAUAUUGUUAGUCGUAGUGCCGAGAGAGGUUUGAUCCAAAUGAGGGAAAAAUAUUGAUGCGCGCUAUGGAAGUGAGAGGACUCGCGAGCAGAAUUUCCGGGAAAUACUCGUGUAUUCUUUAUCAAAAAUCUACAUUUCAAGAUUGAAUCAAAACAAGUCACUAUUAAUAAAGAAAUUGGCGAUUUUUUUUCUUCUCUUCUUUUCUAUUUAUUUUCCUCCUUUUGUACAGAAAGAAUUUGUUUUCUUUGUGUUUGUCACGGUUAUAUCACGUGCUACAAAUGACCGAAUAAGGCAUUUUCUGCUCGCGAGGUGGGUAUCUUGCUGACAGCGAAAUAUAUUUAUGAAGAAAAGGAAGAUACAAAAAAACCAAAGUGAAGAAUGUGCUGUCAAUGAGACAGCGCGUGUAAAUAAGACUGUGACUGCACUUGCGCGCAAAGUGCAUCCGUGUUUGGCGUAGUGCGUCUCAAAAGGCAUGUACGAGGAAUAAAUGUAUAGGGAAGUUUAUUUUUAUUAUUUAGAAAACCAUAGUCGAUGAAGAAACAAAAGUUGAGUAUAUUAGAACAAUUUCUGUGCAGAGCGGGAGCUGUCCCUUUUUUUUUCUGGACCUGUUCUUCGAGGCUGAGAAGCAGGCCACAAAGAAUAAUGAGGCAGAAAAAAAAGGACAAGGACCAAUCAGCAAAAUGACCUUGUCACCUCAUUUAUUUCGAAUUACAUUCCUAUUGUUACCUUCGCACGAUUAAAUAAGUACCGAAAAACUGUAGGCUAUUGUUUACAUGCUCUUUUUUUUAUAUGUAAAAAGAUGUACGUGACGUUUCGGGUGUUCAAAUGAAGGAAAUAUUUUUUUUCUCACUUUGUACUUUUUAGUUACAAUAUUUGAGUUACAAAUAUAAGUAAGAUUUAUAAGUUUUCUGAAAGACUGUAUUAGUUUCUUUGUAAAUAAAGCCAGAUUUUAGGACCAAUUAACCAUUUUUUUUAAGCCAAGAAAAAUUUCCUGUAUUUGAAGACUUAAAACUUCAAGCACAUUGUAAAAAGAACGCCUUUGUACGAUGCGAAAGUCGAAAGUAUUUAUCAAAGAAUACACUGAGAAUUAAAACGUG